AUGGCCGACGAAGCUACCAAGGCACACCUCCGCACCAAGUUCGACAAGCUCACCGCUGACGACUUCAAGGAGGUUGCUGGCAACAAGGAGGCCCUCGCCACCAAGGUCGCCGAGAAAUACGGCAUCUCCAAGGAGGAGGCCACCAAGCAAGUUGAGGAGGUCGAUUUAUCCAACCCCUCUCCGCCAAUCGAGACAGCAGUCGCAUCACCUCCCAAGGGGGAAGAUGGAAAGAAGAAGAGUUUUGAAAUGUUACAUGCGGUGCCCACACGCAGUUGGAUUGGUUCUUCAUAG